CGUUAACUCCUGGAAAUCCGCUGGCAACCUCGUUGGCCCCUACGGGAACCCAUCUUUGACUCACACUUGCAUGCUCGCGUGUAGCGUGGAUCCCGCCCCGCUUUUUGCAACAUGGCCAGAGAAGGUAAAUACCGUUUCGACGAAGGCCAUGGCCGUUGCUCUCGUCUUGUUUCCUGAGGACUUUUACUUUUUUUUGCCUUGCUCGAAUGCUGGAUGUUUGACACGACUCUCACAAUAUUCUUGAAAUUCACUACGAGAUUGAUUCCGUGACGAAUUUAUACCCAACCUGCAACCAAUCGAUACCCGCUUUUGCAUGCCACACCAUUUACUAUACCCAAAAUGUACUCACAGCGACGAACGCCCCCGCCGCUGAAGCGAUCGAAUUCAGGAGCAAGCCAUAACAGUCAUGGCAGCCAUGGCAGCGCUGCUACUACCGUGUCGCGAUCGAGCUCCAAGCUACUAUUUGGUGAAAUUCCACUUAGUCCGGUGACGAGCGCUGAUGGAAGAUCAAUCCCAUCCAAUGGCUCCAUCUGCAACCUGGUGCUCUCUACGAGCUCCGUCUUCUUGCGCUUCUGGCUGAACGAUGACUGUCGCGAAAAUGUACUUAACCGCAUCGAGUCUGAAGACCUGGCCAACUUGCGCCUUGUAUGCCACGACUUCUCAUCAAAAGCCGCACCGCGACUCUUUGAAAAGAUGACUGUGACGUUCAAGACUUCUACCUUUACCAAGCCUGCACGCAUGGAGGCGCUUUCAAGGAUAGGUCGCCAUGUCAAGACCUUUACCUUUUACAUGCCCCAUACCCCAGAGACUUGCCUACCACCCAUCAUCGACCCAUUGACUGGCGCAGAGAAGCAAUUUCUCUAUGAGCCGCAAGUUCAAGUCCCUCAAUGUGGUCCAGCCAAGGACAAGGCACCCAAGUACGGCAGCUGGGAGCUGCAAAAUCUGCUCAUCAAGCAGUACCCGCCUCUGUUCCAUGCCGCUACUAACGUCCCUGCUUUUUGCGCUGCCUUUUCCGAACUCAUUAACCUCACUCAUCUCAAAGUCUCAUGCCCGGGAUCUACCGGUGCCCAUAGACAUCGCCGUGGUGUUGUCGACUAUGCGCUCAUCUCUCUUCGCAUUGCCAUUGAGCGCGCGCCACUAUACAGCCUAUCUGCCCUGUCGCUUCUUCCCAUCCACCCGGGUGGCCUGCUCUACCUCCACCCCAUGCACGGCUUGGGUAGCACACCAUCGUCCGCCAAGCGCUGGCGACAAAUCCGCCGACUCUCUAUCUGUAUGGAGAGCGUGCCAUUUGCAUCAACAUCCCUGCGAACCCGCACUCAAUCCCUAGAGCACCUCCGCAUCCUACAUGCCUACCUCGCGACCCUCUCGCGCAAUCUCACCCGCGUCUUCUUCCGCUGGAAAGGCGCCCGCGGCCCCUCCCCCCUAUCCCUCGACCUCGAGCCCUGCAUGCUCCCCGCCCAGGACCAAAGCACUCAGCACCCUUCUCUCCGCACCCUCCCCCAUGGCCCCCGCCCCCUCACCUUCCCCCGCCUACGCAUCAUGGAACUCGAAAACGCCAUCAUGGACUCUUACCAAAUCACCGACUUCAUCCUCAAGCACAACAACACCCUCCGCGAAUUCAACUUUGAAGACGUUAAGCUCCGCGAGGGCGACUGGGACAUUGCCCUCGAACCCCUCACCUGGAUCUCCGGCAGCGACAGCUGGAAGCAGUACAAAGACGAGGUCAUGGAUGUGCCGAUCAUGCUGUCUCCCGUCGAGAUUGCGCCGCCCGAGCCCAGGAUUAUGGGGCCCCUGAUGCAGGAGGUUGAGAGCGCGAUUGAGAUGGCGAGUGGACGGGAGAGGAGGGAGCAUGCGCUUUCGAGGUGGUUGGGGAGACCGAGGCAUAAGAGUGGGAUGGCGCCGAACAAUAACAAGGAUAGCUUUUGGGGUGGGAGUAAGCGGUUGCUUCAUCUUUCUGGGUGGAAGCAGGGUGGUGGCGCGGUUAUGGCGUGUUGAUGUUGGUGGUAUAUCCCUCUCCUCUCUCUCUCUCUCUCUCGUUUUUUAUCUUUUUCCUAUCAUGACUCUCCCCUCUCUUACCUGGGUCGAUAGACCUGUCCUAUCGUUUUUAGAUUUUUCCUUUGUCAUUUGUUUCUUUUUACUCUGUUGGUUUGUUGGCGUGCGCAUAUGUCUAGAUGACGAUGACGAUGACGAUGAUGGCCCUUUACGACUAUACUACAUGUGCUUAUGAUUUCAUGGUUGCGUAAAAGACUAGUCGAUAGAUAUUGUGAUUCUUGAAUAGAAAAAAUCUCUUCGUU